CCAUCUUUAAUCUUUGGCAUUAUUUGGUUCCCGCCGGAGUGCCGGAUAAUUCGCAGACUGCAAAACUACGGAUAAUUGCUGUUUUUUGCUUACACCUAGCACUUAAUCAGUUCUAAAAUGAACAAAGAAGAUGAGGAGCCCAUGGAGGAGGGAGACACCAAUGAAAAUUCGGUCAAAGUGUCUCAUGCCGUCACUAUUUUGCAGAAUGCCGAGUCCACUGGAGAGUCGUCAUCCCGUGGUGCGAAAUCUGAUGAUUUUGACACUAAAGUGGAAGCUGACCGAGGCAAGCGAUUUGAAUUCCUCCUCCAACAAACCGAGAUCUUCAGUCACUUCAUGAGUGGUAAUGUCAAGAACGAGAAGAAUCCCAGCAGUCCUCUGAAAGUGAAACCUGGCAGACCUAAAAAGGUCACUGAACCCAGGGUUUCUGAGCCGUCAUCAAGCGCUGGAGACCACCGCCACCGCAAGACAGAACAGGAGGAGGAUGAAGAAUUACUUGCCGAAACAAAUACCAACGCGAAAAUCAUUACAAGAUUCGAUGCAUCUCCUUACUACAUCAAGAAUGGUGAAUUGAGGGACUAUCAGGUCCGUGGACUGAACUGGAUGAUUUCUCUUUAUGAAAAUGGCAUCAACGGUAUUUUGGCUGAUGAAAUGGGUCUUGGAAAGACUCUUCAAACUAUUUCUCUGCUGGGUUACAUGAAGCACUAUAGGAGCAUUCAAGGCCCACACAUUGUAAUUGUACCCAAGUCAACACUGGCAAACUGGAUGAAUGAGUUCAAGAAGUGGUGCCCAUCAUUGAGAGCCGUCUGUCUCAUUGGCGACCAAAAUGCCAGAACCGUCUUCAUUCGUGAAACUCUUAUGCCGGGAGAGUGGGACGUGUGUGUUACCUCCUAUGAAAUGAUCAUCAAGGAGAAAUCAGUAUUCAAGAAAUUCAACUGGCGCUACAUGGUCAUUGAUGAAGCCCACAGAAUCAAAAACGAAAAGUCCAAACUCUCUGAGAUUGUGCGAGAGUUCAAAACCACCAACCGUCUCCUCCUAACUGGUACUCCUCUGCAAAACAAUCUCCAUGAGUUGUGGUCGCUGCUCAACUUUUUACUUCCUGACGUUUUCAACUCGUCUGAUGAUUUUGACUCUUGGUUCAACGCCAACAACUUUGAGGGUGACUCCAAGCUUGUGGAACGUUUGCACUCUGUUCUUCGACCGUUUUUGCUCAGGCGUCUGAAAUCUGACGUGGAGAAGAAACUUCUGCCUAAGAAAGAAGUAAAAGUGUUCGUUGGUCUCAGCAAGAUGCAGAGAGAAUGGUACACCAAGGUUCUCAUGAAGGACAUUGACAUUGUGAACGGUGCUGGAAAAAUCGAGAAAAUGCGUCUGCAAAACAUUCUCAUGCAACUGCGAAAAUGCUGCAAUCAUCCCUACCUCUUUGAUGGAGCUGAACCUGGUCCACCAUACACGACUGAUGAGCACCUUGUUUACAACUGCGGCAAGAUGGUUAUCUUGGACAAACUCUUGCCCAAACUGCAAGCACAGGGCAGCAGAGUGCUUAUCUUCAGUCAGAUGACCAGGAUGUUGGAUAUCUUGGAGGAUUACUGCUUGUGGAGGCAGUACAACUACUGCCGCUUGGAUGGACAAACCCUGCACGAGGACCGCCAACGUCAGAUCAACGAAUUCAACGCUCCAGACAGUGAGAAAUUUGUCUUCAUGCUGUCGACAAGAGCUGGUGGCUUGGGAAUCAACCUUGCCACAGCUGACAUUGUACUUAUCUUUGACUCUGACUGGAAUCCUCAAAUGGAUUUGCAAGCUAUGGACCGAGCUCACCGAAUUGGUCAGAAAAAACAAGUAAGAGUCUUCAGAUUCAUCACAGAAAACACAGUAGAAGAAAAAAUCGUGGAGAGGGCCGAGGUCAAACUGAGGCUAGACAAGCUGGUCAUUCAGCAAGGUCGCUUGGUGGACAACAAGUCAAGUCAAUUAAACAAGGAUGAAAUGCUGAGCAUGAUCCGGCAUGGAGCCAAUCAUGUAUUUGCCUCUAAGGACUCUGAGAUUACUGAUGAAGACAUUGAUGUCAUUUUGGAGAAGGGUGAAAACAAGACUCAGGAGCUCAAGCAGAAACUCGAAAGCCUUGGGGAGUCGUCUCUUCGCAAUUUCACUCUUGACGCUCCAACUGACUCAGUCUAUCAGUUUGAGGGUGAAGAUUACCGCGAAAAGCAGAAGAUGUUUGGCAUCGGUUCAUGGAUUGAACCACCCAAGAGAGAGCGCAAAGCUAACUAUGCUGUUGACGCCUACUUCCGCGAAGCCCUCAGAGUGUCCGAGCCAAAGGCGCCUAAGGCACCUCGUCCACCAAAGCAGCCCAUCGUCCAGGACUUCCAGUUCUUCCCACCACGCUUGUUUGAACUUCUUGACCAGGAAAUCUACUUCUACCGCAAGUCUGUCGGAUACAAAGUCCCUAAGAACCCUGAGUUGGGUUCUGACGCUACACGAGUGCAAAAGGAGGAGCAGAGAAAGAUCGAUGAUGCUGAAGCUCUGACAGAUGAAGAGCAGACGGAAAAGGAGCGACUCCUUACCACUGGCUUCACCAACUGGUCCAAACGAGAUUUCAACCAGUUCAUCAAAGCCAAUGAGAAGUAUGGCAGGGAUGAUAUCGACAACAUUGCCAGGGAAGUUGAAGGCAAAACUCCUGAGGAAGUCAUGGAAUAUAGCGCAGUUUUCUGGGAUCGGUGCUCUGAACUGCAAGACAUUGACCGCAUCAUGACACAAAUUGAGAGGGGUGAAACUAAAAUUCAGAGGAGGGCAAGCAUUAAAAAGGCCUUGGAUGCCAAAAUGGCGCGCUACAGAGCUCCGUUCCACCAACUCAGAAUUGCUUAUGGCACCAACAAGGGCAAAAAUUACACCGAGGAAGAGGACAGAUUCUUGGUAUGCAUGCUGCACAAGCUUGGCUUUGACAAGGAGAAUGUGUACGAAGAGCUUCGUGCUGCUGUCAGAGCUGCUCCCCAGUUCCGAUUUGAUUGGUUCAUAAAAUCACGUACUGCAAUGGAGCUGCAAAGACGUUGCAACACAUUGAUUACUCUCAUUGAAAGGGAGAACCAAGAGCUGGAAGAAAAGGAAAGAGCUGAGAAGAAGAAACGUGGACCUAAACCAGGCAACUCUCAAGCCAACACCCCACAGGCAACUUCUAACAACACACCAAGCAGCCAGAAAAAGAGAGCUGAGCCUGCUUCGGAGACUAAAGGAGGAAGGAAGAAGAAGAAAGUGAGUGAGAAAUGAACCGAGAGUGAUGAGAUUUAAAUAUAAUUGAAUAUAAUUCCAAUAUUUCAGUUUUAAGUUAGUGAAGUAAUUUAUUUUUUGUAUUUUAGCAGCUUAGCAAUAAACUCUGAAUGUCGACAAA